UGUUUUUUUUUACAGACGCUGGAAAGGUGGCUGCAUUGAGCCGCAUCCUACAGAGAAGGCACUAAUAGUUAACUAUCAGCUCGAGGCUACAGUGUUUGGAGAACCUGAUAAUCCCAUGGUUGAGGAGAAAAAGCAAUGCCAGAAAAUCAUACGUCUACGAUCGCUGAAUUUCAAAACAGACCCCACAACGCUGGCUCGGGAAGUAGUAGAUAAAUGCGAACUUAUACAUAAGUCACAACUUAAUGAAGUGGAACAAAUUAUUUUUUAUCUAAAAAAUCGUAAAGAUAUUUCUGGUAAUGAUAAUCCACAUACAAACAAUCGUCAGUCAUCACAGGCAUCUCAAAUGAAGUCUUCAGCACGGCCAUAUAAUAAUGUUUUGGCCAUAGCAAGUAACUCUAUUGGAGUGGGAUCUACUGGUAUCGCAAAAAAAGCAGCAUCAACGGUGGAUGUGACCAUUAACAACAUUGACGACUAUGUUGAGUUGCUCUACGAAGAGCUGAGUGAGAAAGUUCGUGGCUCUGGUAUGAUAUUGCAGAUGGCUCGAAAUCCCGACAAUCUAGAAGAGUUAGAAAAAAAUGAGGCCUGUCUCAGUGCUUUAGCUCGCGUGCUUCGCGAAGAUUGGCGUAAAAGCUUGGAUUUGUCUACAAACAUCAUUUAUAUAUUCUUUUGCUUCUCAACUUAUACUAAAUUUCAUCCUCUUAUUGUGCAGUACAAGAUAGGAUCCUUAUGUAUGGAUGUUAUUGAUUUCGAGUUGCGUCGUUAUGAAACUAUGCGUAAUGAAUUGGACGUCCGAAAGCAACCAAACUGCUCCACAACUUUAUCCGAGGUUUCUGGUAAAGACAAGCUUAGUUGUAGUACGGACGACUCUUUGGAUAUUAUGAAAGAAGAGAAACCAAAAGACGUAAGUAUGCAAUAAUGCCUGAUCAU